CAUAUAUGCCUGCUGAAUCCACAGCAUGUUCUGAUUUCUGGGGCCCAGCUUUUGAUUUGAAUGGUGUUCAUGAUGAUUCUGCUAACUCCCAUAUCACAGAAGAUGGUGAUGAGUUUUAUCUGAUUCUGGUUCUCUCUUACACUCAUCAAUGAAUGUGUCUGGGCAUACUGAUUCUUCCUUUCAUUCACCAUCUUCGAAGCCUGAGAUGGUCAUGUCCACUGAUGCUUCAACAAGCUUUAAGAAUGAAAAUCCUGCCACUAUAGCUGCUCCCUAUCGAAAGAUGUUUACGGAUAGGUCUGGGGUCAGUAGCUUGCCAGCCUUGAGCUCGGAAAGGUCAAAUUCUGUGGCUAAUGAAAGCAGAAAUGAUACACAGCUAUUGAAGUCUAAAUCCAUUAGGUCUUCAUCAUCUUCUGUUUCUGAGCAUCCAUCUUCUCACACGGGGGUCCACUUUUUUCCGACAGUGAAGUCUACAAAAGUUGACAAUAGCGUUCAAACGGUGAGAAAUGGUUCACCUGAGGUUGCAAGUUCGAUGCCUAAUGUCGGUAAUGGCUUGAAAACUUCUGUGCGGAAAGUUGUUCAGCAAUUUAGGUCCUCAAAAAUUUCAGUAUACAACCCAUUGGGGUUCGGCACUGAGAUUGCCGGGAAAUACAAUUGCAAGAUGGUCUUUCCCUAUGAAUUUUUCCUCAAACUUUACAAUUCAGACAAAUUGGAAUUGCGCCCAUUUGGCCUCACAAACUGUGGGAACAGCUGUUAUGCUAAUGCUGUUCUCCAGUGCCUGGCAUUUACUCGGCCUCUUACUGCUUAUCUUCUUCAAGGACUCCACUCUAAAGCAUGUCCGAAGAAAGAGUGGUGUUUCUCCUGUGAGUUUGAGGAUCUAAUUCUGAAGGCAAAGGGGGGGAAAUCACCACUUUCUCCCAUUGGCAUACUCUCGCAAAUACAAAGCAUUGGCAGUCAUCUUGGUCAUGGUAGAGAAGAAGAUGCCCAUGAAUUUUUAAGGUAUGCUAUUGAUACAAUGCAAUCGGUUUGCCUCAAGGAAGCUGGGGUAAAUGCAGUAGACCAAAUGGCAGAAGAGACAACCCUUGUAGGCCUGAUAUUUGGGGGUUACCUUCGAUCUAAGAUAAAGUGUCUGAAAUGCCAAGGCAAAUCUGAGCGGCAUGAACGGAUGAUGGAUCUUACUGUUGAGAUACAGGGAGACAUUGGAACUCUCGAAGAGGCUCUUGCACAGUUUACAGCGACUGAAACAUUGGAUGGAGAUAACAAGUAUCACUGUGGCAGAUGUAAAUCCUAUGAGAAAGCAAAAAAGAAGUUGACAGUGUUGGAAGCUCCAAAUAUCCUCACAAUUGUUUUAAAGCGAUUUCAGUCUGGUAAAUUUGGAAAGCUCAAUAAGUCGGUACAGUUUCCAGAGAUCCUGAAUUUGGCUCCAUAUAUGAGUGGGACAAGCGACAAGUCCCCCAUAUACCGGCUUUAUGCAGUUGUUGUUCACUUGGACAUUAUGAAUGCUGCAUUUUCUGGUCACUACGUGUGUUAUGUUAGAAAUUCCCAGGGGAAAUGGUUCAAGAUUGAUGACAGCACAGUAAAACCUGUUGAGCUUGAGAGGGUCUUAUCAAAGGGGGCAUACAUGCUUCUUUAUGCCAGGUUCUCUCCACGGGCCCCAAGUUUGAUUAGGAAAUCAAUGAUAUCCAGUGAUAGCAAAAUGAAAGGAAGCAGAUGCUCAGAAGCUGUUAACAACAAUGGAAAAAACACCACAUCCAAGUCAAGAACUAACAUGGUUCCAAGCACCGGCCCUGCUAUGACACAUAGGGCGCCUGAAGGCUACUCUCCUCGGAUGACAAAGGAUGGUGCUGCUAGCUUUGAUUCAUUGAGUGACAAUUCUUCCCUCUUCAGCUGCUCAGAUGAAGGCUCCUGCAGUACUGAAAGCACGAGGGACUCGACCAGCACUGAUGAUUUCUCUGAUUACAUAUUUGGGGAUGCAGGACGCAGUUGGAAUAUUCCUUUGGGGGUCUCAUCAGACUCGGAUGGUUCCUCUUCCUCGUUAUGCUCACUUUCUUCCCCGGUGAAUUUAAUGAGGCACGAAACAGGUUCUCCUGAGAGAAGUGGGUAUCUAGCUCACAUUCCUGGUUCAGUGCCAGAGGCUGAUGGAAUUUUGAUGAGACAGCCUCGAGAGAGCAGUAGGAAACAGGAUUCACAAGGGAAGGGUUGCCCUUCCCUUUCACACUCGGACACAAUUAAACAAUGUAGAAAGUCAACAAACCGCUGUAGCAGUAGUAGUAGAUGUAGUAGUUGUAGGGAGACUGACUCGAAGAAAUUAGGUUGGGUUAAUGAUGUGAGAUCCGGUGUAUCAUUGAGAAGAUCUACUCGGGAAAGACCGACUCAAACAUUUUAUUAAUGGUUGAGUUGCGGAGUGGAUAAUAAGGGUUAAGUUGUAAGUAACACUUUUGCUGAUUUAAUAGAAAAAGUUGGCUAACCAUUUUGCUUUGUA